CUUGAUUUUAAACCGAAUUCCUUUGAAACAAAUUGUGGAUAGUUGAAAAAUGCUAUAUUAGAAUAUUUUGUAAUGCAUUACAUGUAACGCACGGAUUUGAAUGACUCGUGGCUUGAGGUGAGGACUAAUACCCGAUAUUACAUGCUAUUCGGCCGUAUUGCCCCCUAACCGAAGACAUAUGGUACACAACAUUGUUGAUGGAUCGCAUGUAUGCCAUGCACGUUCUACGAACUACUAUAAUUAUUUGUCAAUCAAAAUUUGACUUUAAAUACAAUGAGGAAGUGAGCCCCAUCAUUUUGGAUUCGGAGUCGAACCAAUAAACUCAUCGGGAAAAAGUGAUCCGCAUAGGGCUUUGAAUACUUCAAUAAAGAUUACUUUGAGCUAUUACAAAAGAUUUUAAUUUGAAUGAGAUGGCAGCUUUUAGUCACGACACUGAUACAAUAUACAGCAUCGCAAGCAUCCUUUGUAAUGAUCUUCAUCAACCAAGGCAUCUAUCAGAGACAUCUGUUGGCACCCAGCAUAACUAUGAUAGUGGGCAUGUUUCUCCACCAAACACUUCGAGUGCUUCAUAUCAAGUGAAUUUCACCAUAACUGAUCUAGACUAUUGUAGUAAUGGACGACACUGGCUACAGGCAAAACCUGCAAACGAUGCCCAAAACGACAACUUCGCUACACUUGUAUCUCGACAAAACUGUAUGGGAACAGAAAUGGCUCAACAGCCCCCGACGAGGUAUGUACACCCUUUCCGAGGACAACCACAACAAAAUCUUCCUAGUAUUUCAUCAAAGAAAUCUUCAACUUUGAUUGUACCACUGCCACUUUAUCCAGAAGAGGUUCUACAUUACAGAGGACUUGGUAAAGCAAUGUUCCCUUCAUCGCAUGCAGCUCAACAACUUUCCGCCGCACCAUCAUAUCACCUGAUGGGGUACGAAGAAAGGGGGAUAAUUGGUAAUACACCUACGAGAAGCACUGCAAACGCUUAUAAACAUUCAAAACAAAUCAUCGCCCCUUCAGCACCAUCAUCGUCAGUGAUCGCAUCAACGAACAUUCAACAGUUACCAAAAGAGCAUGAUGCAAACACGAACAAUGUCGAGACUGUUAAUGGAACACAUCGUAUCAAAUCAGACAGCAUGGGAGACGUACCAAAUGGCAGUAAAAUGCCUGAGUUGACAACGAUAUCUCUUAAUCUGGAAGAACACCGUAAAGAUUCUGCAUCUUCGUCGUCCGUUGUUGCGUCUUCAGAAUGUAUGACUUUAUCAACAUUGAAUGUAUCCCCUACAGUUUCAACGAGUUCACUAUCGUCCUCAUCCUCGUAUUCACCGUCUUCAUUUCACACUAGUUCGCCAUCAUCAUCUGGUACAUGCUCUCCAUCAGCUCCAGUUGAGUGUUCACCAUCUGCAACAUCAUCAAUGCCAUCAUCAACCGAUUCUUCACCACCUAAACACGAUGGCCUUGAUUUCAAGAAAUUCCUAACAGACAAGAAGACGUACACGUGUCCAAAGUGCCCGUAUGUCACAGACCGGAAGAACAAUCUGAAGCGACACGUAGUUACCAUGCAUGAAAAAUGCGAUAAGGCCCUGGAGUGUUGCAACACAGCGUUUGCCAAUAAGGCCUUGCUCCGGGCGCAUGUAGUGUCGUGCCACAAACACGGAUAUAACUGCCUCAUAUGUGGGAGGAUUUUCUGUCGGAAAGCACUCCUAAAGAGACACGUGACGGUCCAUAACGGGCAGAAGGACUAUCGAUGCUCACUUUGCGGUUAUGCAACAAGCCACAAGAGCAACCUUGAUCGACAUCGUAGACGUCACGUUGAGCAAGGAGAAGGAUGCUGCGACCAACAGAACAUGAUGACAGAAAAUACGGACAUUGUGUAUGGACCGAUGAUUGGUCAACAUCUACGAGAAAACAGUCCAAAUAUGGAGCUUGAUAACCGAACAGUGAUUGGAAAUCUAAGCACACAAACAUCAAUUGGAGUCAAUCACAUACCAGGUGUUGAUAAUAUUAAUAAAAACAAUGGACAUGAUAUGGUAAACUAUACAAACAAUUUAGUAACAAUGUUUGAGUCUUUCACUAUCAGCCAUCCCCACAAGAAAACGGCAAUUGCUGGCUGCAUUCUUAACAGGACAUCGAAAUUGUACAAUGAAAAUAACUCCAAAGACAGAAUUGUUGAAAAGCCCAACUCUAAAUCUAAAACAAAGUAUAAAAAUUUGAUCACUUCCAACGCAAAACGAAUGUGUAUCUCUCCUUAUAAGUGUCAAUUUUGUGAUAUUGUAUUCGAUAACCAAAUGAAACUAUUGGACCACAUUGACACUUUCCACGAGAGUUCUAUUUGGAUGAGUCGCCCAUUAACACUAGCAGCUAAAAUCAAACAUUCGUUUUACAACAGUGAUCAAAAGAACAGUCAGAGCAAGAUAUCAAUUUCAUAAAUUAAUCACUAAAUGAUAAUAAAAGUAUAAUGAACAUCAUCCAAUUUUUUAAUUUUCCCCUCGUUCUACUGUUGGCCAUUGUCCCAAAUGUGGAUGUUAAG